GACCGCCAUCGCCUGCGGAGGGAAGCGGCGGUGAGAAGCGGGGCCGGGCGGCGGCCGCGAUUUAAUGGCGCUUUAAAUUGUUGCGGGCAGCGGCUGGGGAGGGCGAGCGGGCAGGCAGGAUGGAUCCCGUGCUUUGAAUGGCCCAGCGGCGGUUGUGCAAGAUGCUGCCAAAUGCUGGUGUCUAUUACUUCCCGUGGGAGAUCAACAGCUCAGUCCCAGAGGGGGAGGUGCUGAGGACAUUUGGGAGGUUAUGCAGCUACGACCUGGCCCGGUCCAAAGCCGUUCUUGCCGCUCAGCACAGCUCAGCUCAGUACCACGUCUGUGUUGACACCAAGUUUGUGGAGCCAUUCCAAGCCCAGCUGGGAUCUCGCUACAUGGUCCUGGGAGAGGCCGAACACAGGGAAGGUGAGGGUCCCGUGGUAAAGGCACGAAUAUUGACCUGCGUGGAAGGGAUGAAUGUGCCCUUGCUGGAACAAGCCAUACAGGAGCAGAGGAAAUACUUCAACGAGAGGCAGAAGUGGAUGGGAAACAGCACGUCCUGA